GUAAUCGUCGCCGAAGGUGAACAGAAAGCAUCUCGUGCCUUGAAAGAAGCAGCAGAAGUUAUAGCUGAGUCGCCAUCUGCUCUUCAACUACGCUAUUUGCAAACGCUUAAUAGCAUCUCAGCAGAGAAGAACUCAACCAUAAUCUUUCCGUUCCCAAUUGAUUUGCUCAGUGCUUUCUUACAACGACCGGCUCCAAAAGUUGAGAGUUGUGUUCCGUCGACGAUGCUACCACACUCUUCAAAGACUCACCUGUGUUAA